AUGGUGCGGAGGUUGCCUCCGGCUGACGUGCUGCAGAAGCUGAAUGGGAUCUUCUCGGCCCUCGAUAACCUCUGCAAGCGGCACAGCGUCACCAAGAUUGAGACUGUUGCCGAGGAGUAUGUCUGUGCUGUGGGCAUCGUUCCAGCAGACCGCGAGCAGGAUUCAGGAGAAGACACCAGCCGACAUAUGCCCCUCAUUCGCCUGGUGUACAUGGCCGGUGAUGUCCUGGACUACACGUCGUCCGUAGAAGACGAGAAGCCGAAGUUCCAGAUGGGCAUUCACACGGGCCCCGUCAUCGCAGGUGUGGUGGGACAGAAGUUGCCCCGCUUCCGCCUCUUCGGGGACACUGUGAACACGGCCGCACGCAUGAUGCAGAAGGGCGUUCCGAACGAAGUCCAGUUCGGCGAUGAGACGCGGCGCUUCCUCCCAGAGCACAUCAGAUACAGGUCACGCGGUCCGAUACAAAUGAAGGGAAAGGGCGCGAUGAAUGUGUAUCUGCUCCUUCACGACCGCCAGAGGAAUAACAGGUUGACCUUCUCGGGCGCACGACACCGCAUGAGCCGAUUUUCCAGCACUGUACAGAUUGCCCAGGCCAUUGUAAAGACAGGGACCAGCAUGGGCUUGGACGAGCCCGACGACGUCGAGAUGUUUGAAGAUGCCUUGAUGGACGCCGAGCAGAAGCAACAGCAGCGGUGGAUUGAUUGGCUCGAUUGCAAGUGCGGAGAUGAACAGGCGAAGCACUUCCGUGAGUGGUACUACCGCAAUCACCUCUUCAAGAAGUUGGUGAAGCGUUUGGACAAGCAGCUGAUCUUCAUUUUUGUCUUGAGCUUCGUGGAGACGAUAUACCUUGCAGACAGUCUACACCGGACGACCGAGAACCCAAUCUGGCGUCAUUCCGGCGUGGGUCGCUGGCUGGAUCAGGAGUGCGAGUAUCUUGCGACACCACAGCUUCAUGAAAUAGCACCAGGCACAUUGGAGGGCUGCAAGCACGAGUGCCUUCAGUAUGGGCCUUGCAACGCACUGGAGUGGACGCCGUCUGCCGGGCGCUGCACGCUGCGCAGGUGUGAGUCCUUUGACCAUCUCACGCGCAUCAACGCCUCAGAGACUGAACGCUGGUUUUGGAUCAACGAGUUGGAGGCAAACGUGAGCGAGGAUGCGAUGCUCACAUGGGAUCUGGCGGCCCGGCAAAGCAAGCUCACGACGUUCAUCUGCUCUCGCGCCAUUUGCUUCUCGAUCAUUCUUGUGUGGCGGAUCCUGGUGAGCUGCAGCGACAUGGUCACUUCCAAGGCGCGCGUCAUCGAGUGGCUUCUGGUGAUCUCCUGCUGUGUAGUUUCCUGCCUCCUCUUCCUGACCUAUGAGAUGAUGCCAGAGCGCUUUGUGGGCGAUAAGAAUCACAAGAUCGACGAAGUCAUCCCCUUCGACUUCCCGAUUUCAGGUGUCUCGAGGAACAUCACGAGGCUCAUCGCGUUCCCCGUGUACAUGAUGACGAUUACUGCAUAUCCUUUCCGCUUCUUUCCUUGCUGCGUCUUCCUCCUUGGUACGCUCUUCAUUAUGUGGGUGGAGUUCUGGCGAAUCUUCCCUGGGCUCUAUCUUCUUCCCACCUAUGGUGACCUUUGGUAUUUCUUCUGUUUCAACCUUCUGCGGCAGUUCUACUCGUACCAGGAGGAGAAGCUGUUUCGAGCGCAGCAUGCUGCUGGCUGUGCUGUAGAGAGGGUCAUGAGCCGCGUUCACAGCAUCCUGGAUACCAUGAUGCCAAAGCAGGUGGUGAGAGAGAUCGCGGAGAAUCCAGACGUCCCCUUGCCCUCACACAAGUAUCGCUUGGCCACGAUUGUGCAAGCAGACCUGGUGGGCUUCACUGAGAUGGCCGCUUCAAGGGAGCCUGAUGAGGUGGUCAGGCUCAUUGAGCAGAUCUUCAAAAUCUUCGACGACCUCACCGACUUCCUGGCAAUCUACAAGAUUGAAACUGUUGGUGACGCCUACAUCGCCGGCAUGGCCGAGCCGCCGCUCACGGCGCAUCACUCGCCUGUGACGGUGCUCCGGUUUUCUUUGGCGAUGGUGGAGAAGUUGGAAGCCUGGUCCUUGGCCCACGGCGAGAACGUGCGGGUUCGUGUCGGCGUGCAUAGCGGCGGCUGCGUCGGGGGCGUGGUGGGGAAGGAAAUGCAGAGGUAUCACCUUUUCGGCUCUGCCAUGCCAGUGCUGGACCUACUGGAGAGCACAUCGCUCCCGGGAUUCGUGCAGAUCAGCAGCCCCUGCAUGGAGGCUGUACAGCAGGAGAUGAAGAGCAGAAAUCGGGCAGAGAAUCCGGAGCACCGCAUGCAGCCGCUGGAGUUUCGGUUCCUUCCCCGCACCGAUCCGCAUCUCCCGACCUCCAAGGGUGGGCUGCACAGCUAUGCCGAGGUGGGAGGGCCGACCUAUUUCCUUCUGGCUGAGCGGCGCUAUCAGACCAUGCCAGCAGGCGAGUUCUCUGUUCCUUCCGGCCUCGGCGACGCGUACCCUACCGUCCGCAGCUGCUGA